AUGAAUGGCGUGCAGCUCGUUACCGAUGCCCACGCUAAUUGUUGUGAAGGUUUCAAUAAACUUACAUCUUUAUCAAUGAUUGCUAUGGUUGAGGAUGACAUGAACAUCAUAAAGAAAAUAUUUAAAUCUUCGGAUUCAUUGAAAGAAUUUUUUAUUUUUGGAUGCAAAGGAAUCGUGAAACAAUCAAUCAUACGAAAAAGAUUUCCCAAACUACAAUUAUUACAUUUAUCACACUGUUCUGUAGAUGGAACUUUAACAUUCCCAUGGACUUCCAGUAUAGCUUAUCUUCCUGAGAACCUUUCAGUGUCAGAAUAUUUUAUAGAGGCGGAUCCGAUUCAUCAACGUUUAAACAUUCCAAAGACUAUGUUUCUUAGAGUAUUGGCAUUAGUAAACAAUGGAAUAGAAAUCCCUGAACAAAUUCAAGUGAGCGGUAACUUACAUUUCAUUGAAAUUUCUGAUAAUCUGAUACACAAACUUUCAUAUCAGAUGUUUAUAAAGACGCAUGGAUUGCAGAGGUUAGUAUUAAAACGAAAUCAUAUACUAGUAAUAGAGGUAGAGGAGUUGAGUUUUGCAGGUCAAACUGGGCUAUUGUAUUUAGAUAUGAGUUACAAUGAAAUUAGAACACUACCUCCUCAUAUAUUUGAUGAUCUGCAAGACCUAAUUGAUUUAGAUCUAAGUCAUAACAAAUUACAUAGACUCCCAAAUGAGAUAUUUAUUCGUCUUAAAUGUUUAGAAAGACUAAAAAUCGAUAAUAACUCAGUUAUAACAUUAAACAACAAUAUUCUUCCAAUACAAAGUGUAAAACUGAAAUUUGUUAGUUUCAAUAAUAACCCACUUAAAGAUUUUCCAGUUUCGAUACUGUAUAUCAGAAGUUUGGAAAAGGCAGAAAUACGAUCCACUAAUAUUUCGUUUAGCAAUUUGGACACAAUUCUUAGACGUGUUGAUCGCCUAUUGCUGAUUAGAAGUAUUAUUCGAUCGUCCAGUCCUCUUUUUACUGACAUUUACGAAACUACAUAUACACGAAGAAAUUUAGAUCUAACGAGCAGAAAUAUUUCUGGAAUUAUCAUUCCCGGUGGUCUUGAUUUGAAUUCUAAAGAGAUACUUUUGAUUGUCUUCAAACAUUUUAAAUUCGUUCUUCAUGGAAAUAAGUUUAUCUGUAAUUCUGAUAUCAUUCCCUCCAAUCAUUUAAUGAAAGAUUCAAACUAA